AUGGCCUCCAGCACAAUCCCUACCCAGAAAAAGGGCCGGAGUCGUCGAUCAGGUACACCAUGGACUCGUGGUGGAUGUAUCACCUGUAAAUCUCGGCGUAAGGGCGGUUGUGAUAGAGCAACCCCGAGCUGUAAUAAUUGUCUGAAGCUUGGCCGAGUCUGUGAGGGAUAUGACGACCUCUGGGUGACACCAUUGGGACCCUCGGCGCCAGUCUUCAAGUCCACCAAGGGACCGAAGAGACGGCGACUUAAUUCUUCAUCGCCGUCGCAACCACUAUCGCCGUCGCCGUCGCAGUCUUCAAGCGAUCCAUGGCAGGAUUUACAGCUAUCACCCCAGCCGAUUACGCCAGGCUGGUCUGUUCCAUCGUCUCCACAAUAUCGAGUCAUAGAUCUCGAUGUGGAGGAAUCUAGCCAAGAGCAAGAUUCAGGCGAACAGGACUGUCUUUCUGUGAUCCCGAAACCACAGGGCUUCUUAAGCCACCUAUCCGGUCAUGAGGCCCAUUAUCUGCAAUACCAUGAAGCCAUGGCCUCUCAGCGUCUCGCGAACCUCGAAAGCGAGCACAAUCCACUCCGAUCAUUCCUCAUUCCCCGGGCCAUGUCUUCUCCUCUAUUGAUGAAGGCUGUGUGUGCAAUAUCGGCAAUGCAUCUAUCAAAUCGGACAGAUAGUCUCGAUGCGAAAACUGCGGCGAUCGACUUUUAUGGACGAACGCUGAGAGGCCUGCGCUCAGUUAUGGCACAGUCUGUAACGGAUGGCGUGCCAGAUGAUGCUAUGCUAGCUGUGGGCAUGAUGUGUAAAUAUGAAGUUGUUCGCGGCAGUGUGAAGCAGUGGGUUGUCCAUCUUACCGCGCUGCAUCGGCUCAUCGCAUCUCGUGGUGGGCUAGGUUCGAUGGAUCCAGAGGCAGCACACUUUCUACGUGGAUUAUAUGUAUAUGCCUAUAGUAUGGGACAGAUCAGCAACCGAAAAAAGGUCCUCGGAAAUCUCAUCCUCGCUGAUACCGACAUGGAGACUCCCCGGCUUAGUAUAUACCUUGGAUUCACUGAAAAUAUCCUCAAAAUAUGUGCCUGUGUCGCAGAGCUACCAUCACUUCAAGGUGACGAAAUUUCACUGCGCCUAGCAAUUGCAUCUAUAAAUGAUUCCCUCCUCACUUGGACACCCUCAUCAACCCGCCUAAAUAUCCCGCAAGACCUAACACAAUCCACUCUCGUCCGCCUCAAGCUCGUCGCUGAGUGUUUCCGCGAUGCCGGCUUCAUCUACCUACACUCUAUCCUCGAACACAUGUACAGGGAUACAUCUCCUACUUCCCACGCCUCCCCCCAAACGCCAAAUUCCGUCGUCGAUUGGCUAUCUCUAAUCUCCACACCCAAACAAAUCGCCAUUGACCGUCUCCUCGCUCGCAUCCAAUCUUUCCCGUUAGACGAUAACUGCGAGUAUUCGGCACUCACCUUCCCUUUGUUCAUUUCUGGCGCCGAAAGUGAGAUUUUCGAGCAUAGGGACCUUGUGCUCGAGUCUCUCGGCAAAUUACAAGAAAACUUUGGCAUUGGGAAUACCUUGCGUGCUAAGGAUGUCCUUCGUAUCCUAUGGGCGAGACGAGAUGCUACUUCUCAGGAUCCGUCUUUGAAACCCCAUUGGAUGGACGUUCUUGAGGAGCUUAAAUGGGAGUUGACUCUUGCAUAG